GUCAUCGAUUAGCGAACGUGCGAGCCAAUCAAGGGACGCGGUUUUGAUUUGUAACAAACUGCUGUGGCAUAAUCGCACAUUUAGCUAUUCAGCCACACUCACUUGAAAAAAGUGAAGGGACAAUGCGUUAUACUCAACCCUUUGAGCUCAGAGAAAUUUAAUGGUCUUUAACGGGAAGAUAUGGAUGCGUUUGACAACGUCACGCCAGCGAAAGCGGAGCCUGCAACUUUGACGUUUUCUACCGAUCAGGUAGCCUGUGUCUGCGAUGCGCUGAGGCAAUCAGGAGAUAUCGAGAGGUUAGCUCGAUUUCUUUGGUCACUCCCACCGAAUGAGCUUCUAAGCGGAACGGAGAGUGUGCUAAAAGCGAGAGCUUUCGUCGCGUUUCACCGUGGAAGGUUCCGCGAAGUGUACACGAUACUCGAAGGCCAUGAAUUUGAUCCGUCUUCGCAUGAAAUGCUGCAGAACAUGUGGUAUAAAGCUCAUUACUGCGAGGCCGAGAAGUUGCGAGGACGAGAGUUAGGAGCUGUGGACAAAUAUAGGAUAAGACGAAAGUAUCCACUUCCUCGGACUAUUUGGGACGGCGAGGAAACAGUGUACUGUUUUAAGGAAAAAUCAAGGCAGCUACUGAAGCAAUGUUACGAGCAAAAUCGCUAUCCUACCCCGCACGAGAAGCGCCUCAUCGCCAAACAGACCGGAUUAACUUUGAAGCAAGUGAGUAAUUGGUUCAAAAAUAGAAGACAGCGCGACAGAAUUCCCUCGAACAAAAGGUACGAUCACACGAGAAUUAGCUCUUUGUGUAAAAGGAAACUCACACUACAUAGUUGUUUACUUAUGUUUUUUACUUAAGAUAUGACGCUUGGUAGUAAUUGUUCAGUGGAUUGCCUAGUUUCAUUUCUUUGUGUGAAAUGAAUACUUUUUAAAUUGGCAUCAAUCCCUCCGUUGAGUAGCAAAAUAUAGUUUGUCGAGAACUUUUCAAUCAGCUGCGAUUUAAAGCACGAUAGCUAUAAUGUUGACUGCUUUCCUCAGCCUUCUAAUGGCCCGGGUUUAAUUUCGGGCUUAAUUCGCUUCAAACGGAGCAGUAAUUGAUACAUUUUAAGUUGCGUAUUAGAAAGCGUCCCUUGACAAAACACUGGACUUGAUAUUUAGGAAGUUUCCCUCGUCUAUCAAAUCUGAACAGCUGGGUUUAAAAUGACCCUUGUCACAACAAUGCGAUUUAUUUACCUUUUUAAAGUUCAAUACGCGUUCUCAUGUUGCAUAAAGGUAAACUAAACAUGACUUCCUUGGUGUUUAUUUCAUAGUGACGACUCACUAAGGAAGAGCAUAGAUACUUUGGCGCCUGAUUCUCCGAAUGGAGGUGUGGAUGAAACACUAUUGAGUGGGAAUGUCGAGUCUGAGGAUGAUGAUAUUGCCCCGCCAUUGACGAAAACCGAACAAGAAUUAUUGAACAACUGUCUGUAUCCUUCCGCGAAUCUCAACGGACCAGGAGAGGCGGUUCAACUUGUAUGCGUAGAAAUGCCGAGCGAAGAAGUAAUUGUUGUGAAGAAGGAGCAAUUUUAAUGUUAGAAAAUUGAGAAACUCAUGCAUGAUGUAAACUUCAAACUAUGAAAUGGCAAAGAACAUGCAGUCAGAUUUGUCGGUGAUUUCGGGGGACAAUGGAAUUUGGAUUGAACACAGACCAAGUUUUUAUAAUUAAUUUGUUAUGAAGGAAUUUCAGACUCAAAAGUUGUGUUAGAAGCAAGCCAAGGUCAAUAACUCAAAUUGCGCCAAAAACGAGUUUUCUAUCGUGUUAUUAUUGUACAAGAUGCGUGGUGUUAUUUUAUAGUGACUCGAAUGACAGGAGACAGAGAUAUGUCGAUCGUGUUGUUAUUCGAUCUUCAGGUGGGAAAGAUCGAAAGAAGAAAUGAGCAGUCCUCUAUCUCGGCUGUAUGCGUGGAGCCAGCUUGGCGACGAGAGAGGCUCGCAUGAUUUUCAUUUCGCUCGCUAACUUUGGAUUCCCCUCGUUGACUGAGAAGCUGUAAAGAAGGACUGCUCAUGUCUGUGUUAGAUGGGUGGCGGGCGACAUAGAGACAUAUCAUAACAGAACGCUUUUCAUCAGAUUCUAAGUGCAUAUCAGUCAUAUGUUUAUCUUUGUUCGAAACACUAUACGGCACUGAAGGUGAUUAGUGGUAAAGACCUUUCGCGAGGUAGUGUGAAACGUGAUCGGUUAUCCUUGGUUUUAUUAAUCGAUUUCCGUUGCCAGUGACAGUUACAUUCCAUCGGCAUUACAGCGUCCACAAACGACGUCUACAAAACAUUGAUGAAAUUUUAAUGUAAUAAUCUUUUGAUGAGAAAAUAAUGUUCACAAUGAAAUGUUCGCUCCAGUUUUAAUAGAACUACGGAACUAGCAAAUGAUCCCAUACGGAGUGUGAAGGAGCAAUUGAGAAAUGUUGUAAUCCUUUGAUAAAAAGCGUAAAAAAAAAGCAACAAACAAACAAAGCUGUCUUCUCGCACGUUUAUUUCUCAGAGCAUGGAAUCCACGCGGGGUGAUAAGGAAAUCCGAACUCGCGCGUGUAAGUGGUCAG